CGUUUCGAUUAAACACGAUUGGGGGUGCCCAUUCUGCAGAGGGAAUGUUUACGCAAGCAGGGAGGAGAGACGUAAGAGCAGAGACGGGGGCCAUUGUUCGCGUCUGGUUAGGAACAAAGGGUUUGGCUCCGUCUCUAGCUGGCUAGAUCCCCACUUUUCAACAUCUGGGUUGCUUAAAAAAAAACGCGACUUUGUAAUUGCAAAAAUAACGAGAACGAGGACGUACUCCCUCGCUUUUACUUUUGUUUUGCUUUUCGUUUUGUUUUGGAGAGGAAAACGGAAAUAACGACUACGCUGAAGGUGCUCCAAAUUGGGACGGCUAGCAUCCAAGCUAGCCUGCUAACACCGAGCAGUGCUUUUACUGUUGGAAAAAACACCGCGUUUCGGUGAAUCAUUCUGUGCAGGCUGUUCAUCUAAGUCGUUCAAGCUGUACUCCCCCAAGGAGCCCGGCCCUAACGGCAGUGCCUUCCCCCCCUUCCACCCCGGCACCAUGCUGGACAGAGACGUGGGGCCAACACCAAUGUACCCCCCGUCAUACCUAGAGCCUGGCAUAGGGAGACCUACACCAUACGGCAACCAGACAGACUACAGGAUAUUUGAGCUCAACAAGCGGCUACAGAACUGGACAGAGGACUGUGACAAUCUCUGGUGGGAUGCCUUCACCACAGAGUUCUUUGAAGAUGAUGCCAUGCUGACCAUCACCUUUUGUCUGGAGGACGGGCCCAAACGAUACACUAUCGGCCGGACAUUGAUCCCACGGUACUUCCGAAGUAUCUUUGAAGGGGGCGCCACUGAGCUGUUCUACACAUUGAAACACCCUAAAGAGUCAUUCCACAGUAACUUUGUGUCUCUAGACUGUGACCAGUGCACCAUGGUUACACAGAACGGCAAGCCCAUGUUCACACAGGUGUGUGUGGAGGGUCGUUUAUACCUGGAGUUCAUGUUUGACGACAUGAUGAGGAUCAAGACAUGGCACUUUAGUAUCAGACAACACAGAGAGGUCCUGCCUCGUAGCAUACUAGCUAUGCACGUGCAGGACCCUCAGAUGCUGGACCAGCUGGCCAAAAACAUCACAAGAUGUGGUCUGUCCAACUCCACACUCAACUACCUUAGGCUGUGUGUGAUCUUGGAGCCGAUGCAGGAGUUGAUGUCCAGACACAAGACCUACAGUCUGAGUCCCAGAGACUGUCUCAAGACCUGUCUCUUCCAAAAGUGGCAACGCAUGGUGGCCCCACCAGCUGAGCCGGCCAGACAAGCGCCCAACAAGCGGAGGAAAAGGAAGAUGUCUGGUGGAAGCAACAUGAGCGCUGGAGGAGGAAACAACAACAACAGCAAGAAGAAGAGUCCUGCUAACAACUUCCCCCUCUCCACACAGGUACCUGACGUGAUGAUGGUGGGCGAGCCCACUCUGAUGGGAGGGGAGUUUGGAGACGAGGAUGAGCGUCUGAUCACGCGGCUGGAGAAUGGCCAGUUCGACACGGCCAAUGGAGGGGGGGGCCUGGAGGACGAGGACAGUUUCGGCAGCUCCCCUGCCCUGGGGGGUGCAAACUCACCCUGGAACAACAACAAGACCCCCAACAGCCAGGACAGCAAGAACAACGACUCUCAGUCCUCACAGUAGAGCCACAACCAUAAACCCUAACUCAGCACCCAGAUACGCAACUCAUUUACCUGUAGAAUGAAUUGCUACUCAUGCUCUCUCUCUCGCACAUGCUCAGUGGUAUUCAACCCCGGCCCUCUUCUCCUGGCUCCCCUCGCUUAUCAGCGCUAGGCCUGACUCUGCUCUUUUAGUGUCUGUGCUUACCGGUCAGAGUGUUUGAGUCAGAGCUGGAUUCUGCCUUUUAUGAUCACAGUGCUAGCCAUCACGGCCAUAUUGGCGGGUUCUUGUUCCAACCUCGGGUCUCUGGGUGUGUUGCCUUGACAACGUACCUCUGUUUCUGUUUUGCUCACCUCACAGGGAAGGAAUACCUAGCUUUAUUUAUUAUCUCUUAGAUUUAGCAGAAUAAAAAGUAUUGUGUGCACUACAGAAUAAAUCCAACGUUCAGUUUUUAAAAACGAAAUUAUUUGUUUUGUAGGACCUGGUUGGAACAAAAACCUGUACACUGCCGGAGCUUGAGGACCGGAGUUGAGAACCACUACGCUAAACCUUAAACACACAACACACACACAAGCAACACAUACACACAUGCAAAUCUCAUACACACACAAGGGUACUGGAGAGCGGUCCUACUUCCCCACCUGGACCAGAGCGCCUGGCCAUACAGAAGUGGGUUUCAAUGUUCUAUGUUUUUAAUUUGAUUUCAAUUUUUUAUUUUUAUAUCAAUUUCUAAAAAUGAAACAGACAAGCAAAAACAAAGUAAAAAAAAAACACCCCUGAAUAUUCUUUGCACUUUUUUUCCACUAACUUCAAUCUAUUUUUCUUAUGAAUUGAUGGUGUUUUGUUCUUUUUUAUUAUGGCUUAUAUGAAGAAAUUGUAAAGAUUCAGAAACCUGUGACUGGAGAGGAGAAUCAACGGUAUAUAACUGUAUAAUUAUUACUGUUAGAUCAUUUGUAUUAUUGUGAUUGAUUACUACUUCUAUGUAAUAUUGUGUUGUCUAUGUCUGAAUCAGUAUGUAGCCUGUCAGUGUCCGAUAUGGUUAUAACGAAGCCCAGUGUUUCUGAUCUGAAGGGAAAGGCCACCUCUUUAGUGUUCAAGGCUGUGCCUUUAAUGGCACCUAUUCCCCAUGUAGUGAACUAUUUUUGACAAGGACCUAUAGGGCUAUGGGCAAACGUAGUGCACUUAGAGGAUAGGGUUGCAUCCCAAGUGGCACCCUAUCCUCUGUCUACUUAUCUGCUCAGUACCUUGCGUCCACACCUCAGACGAGGUUUGUUUCUCUCCGAUUUGCUACUUGAAACAUUUGAAGACAAUUUUGACAAGGCAUUGUAAGAUUUAAGAUAAACAUUUUGUGUUGUUUUCCCAAACAUUUUAUCACAAUUUUUGAAAGCUAAACUUUGCAAGACCUUUUUGAACAUCGAUCCCCAACAUACUAUUGGUUUGUAUUAAGAAUAAUUUUGUGGGCUCCCCCCCCCUCAUGUUUUAUGUGUCUUUGUGCUUGUAUAUUUAAAGGUAGUUCCUGUAUAAUUGUAAUUUAAUGUAUUCUGCCUUAGGGUGUUGAUCUAAUGCAUCUCUCUAAAGUAAAGAUACAAAAAUACAAUCAUUUUUGAACCGUUUGGAAAAUACAUUCAAUGAGCUUGGCUAUGAAUUUGGGUUCAACAUACAAUUUAUUGAUUUUUUUAUGUCAAUGGAGCCUGUCUGGCUUAAAUUCACAAGAUCAUGUACAAUGUCCAUGUCUUUGCCUCCAAUGUCAGAUGUUGGUGGGCUGCUCUGGCUUUGUCAUCUAAAUUAUACUUUACCUUGUCAAUAACCCACACCAAUGUCACUAUCAACAUUCAGAUGUAUGAGAAGAGUAAAAAAAGGGCAAUAAUUUCAAA